AAACAAGUGUUGCUGUAGACGAAGGAACUUUGAUUAUUUAUUUUGCUCAGCUCGGCUCUGCUCGAAAAUUCGUUUCAUAAUCAACAGUUCACAAUUCAAUGCAAGGCGCCGCACGACGAAACACAGCAACAAUUACGUUUUUCGUAAAACAUCAAUCAAUAUUUGUUAUUAGCUAAAUUUGUUGUUGAAAGAAAAUCGUACCAGCGGGGAGAGUCAAACGAAGUGACCGUGGAAGUCUACACAAUACACAAACACAUACAAACGAAUAGAGGAAAAUACGGUGCGCCCGCCCCUGCACUAACUAACUGCAUACCCCAAUUGCCGCCCAGCUGCUGCCUAACGCUGACGAAUCACGAGCUCACAAUAAAGUAACGGAGAAAAAAAUAACACUUGUCGCUUGUUGCUCCAUUUCGUAUCGAGUGGGUCGUGCUUAGCAAUUAGUAACGACGCAGAAAGUGAUCUGGAAGGGUGAGGAGGGCUAAGUAACUAUGGAUGAUACCACAGGCACAGCCACGCCGUCGCCGUCACCAGCGGCCACCACGGCCGCUGGCUACGAUGCUGCACGAGACAAAACAAAUGAACCAGUUGCUGCUGCCGCUGCCGCCGCCGUCACAGCCAGCGGUAUUAGGCUCCUGAUUAAAUCGUCGAAUCAGCAAUACGACGAUGUGAAUAUCGAGAGUGAUUUGUGCUGGACUGUGCAGAGACUCAAGAAGCAGCUAUCCCUGGUGUAUCCCGGCAAGCCGGAAAUUAAUGACCAAAAGCUUAUCUAUUCGGGCAAACUGCUGGACGAUGCCCAAAAGCUGUCCGAGGUCAUUCGCAGCUACAAGGAUGUCUACCAGCAGCAUCAUAUCUUUCAUUUGGUGUGCGCUAACAAAAAUGCAGCUGUCAAGGCCCCAUAUAAGACUACCACGCCUCCAAAGGCUGCUACGAGCACGGCACGCGUGGACCCGACCAACAAUCCAAAUAACGACAAUGAGCUAAGACAGCGCCAUGUGGCAGCCGCUGCCGCCGCCGCUGCUGCUGCUGCCACCCAGCAUCCGUAUCAGCAGCCAAAUCUACAGCAGACCAACGAUCCGCAUCUCUGGUUCCAAUUACACAAUCAGGCUUACCAAAUGGCCAUGGGUCAGAAUGCAUCGACAUCGGCAGCUGCAGUGGUUACGGGAGCAGGAGCAGCAUCUACGCCGUCAUCGACAUCGGCAUCGACAGCCCCAAAUCCACAUGGCGGCGUCGUUUCACCGGGAGUGCUGCCACCGUUUAUGCAAACUAUGCCAGGGUUUCAUAACAAUAUGGGUGUGCCGCUUGUGGCACAUCAACCAGUGCCAGUGGCAGCUGGCGCUGCGGCUGGACAGCCCAAUGAGGAGGCCGCUGCACGAAGGGCGGCUCCACAGCCAGUCGAUGGUCCCAAUUUCCCCAAUAUACAGGAGGAGCCGGAGGUGCGCGAUUGGUUGGAUAGUUUCUUUAGCUUUACUCGGUUGGCCAUUUUUGUAACAGUUUUAUAUUUCAAUUCGUCGCCCAUGCGCUGUUUGAUGGUGGUGCUCAUUGCAAGCGUGAUUUAUCUCUAUCACAUUGGCGUGCUGCGGCGUCGUCGUGAACGGAACAACAACAACAUCAAUCGAAACAACAAUGCUGGCAAUAAUGUUGCCGCCUUUGCGGCUGUGCAAGAAAUCCAACGAAUGAUGGACGCUGCCGUUGAGCAAGACAAUAAUCCACAGGCAGCUGAUGCUGCGGCUGCCGCCGCUGAUCAACCGAAUGCUGCACCAGCCCCAGCUGCACCAGCUGCUGGACAAAAUGGUGCUGCGCAGCCAGCAGCCAGCGCUGCUGCUGGUGGGGAUCAAGCCACGGAUGCCGCUGCAGCUUCCGCUGAAGCCGUUGUCGUUGAGCCUGCGAAUGCCAAUAACUCUGUGAUUUCUAUUGUGCGCACCUUUGUCAUAACGUUCUUCACAUCGCUGUUGCCCGAGGCACCGGCGCUGUAAAGUUGAACGUAUCUCUAUUAUAUGUGGCCUCUUGGAUAUUUCCUUCCAAUAUUUCCUUUUUGCACCCCACUCUCCAUAGAUUUCCCCAACACAUUUAUAAAUGUUAUAAUUUAUGCAUACCAGAACUUUUGCAAUAUCUGUUUUUUUAGCUACGUAAUGAACUAUAUAUAUGUAUGUAUAUUUAUAAUAUGACUGCGUGUGCAUGUGAAUCGUAAAAUGGGCAUGACCCAGCGUAUUCCGCACAGCAGCCAGCCCUCCUCCCCCACUUUAUGCCCCCAUGAUGUAGCUUUAGUGUUUUUUAUAGCGUUAAGAAAUAAAACUUGUUUUUGAUGUGAAUGCUACGAAACUAGCUAAAUGGCAACUGAAACUAUGAAAUCGAUAAAAUACAAUUAUAAUACUAUU